AGAGUUAAACCAGCAGUAUCUUUUUUUUUUGGAUUAAGAAAAAGCAAGAAAGAAAAGGAGAGAGGGAGAGGGAGACAGAGAUGCAAGGAACUGCAUGUCAGAUUGCGUGAUAAUCUUCAGAGAGAUUUAAAUCAGAGGUGCAAUUUGCUUUCAUUGUCACUGUGCUAAUCUCUGGAACAGUGAUGGCAUCAGCAGAAGAGUCAGUCGUCCAUUCAGCUACGCUUCUAGACCAGGUGUUACAGCACAUUGACAAUCACCAGGAUGAAUUUGUGCAGACGCUCAGUGACUGGAUAGCCAUUCAAAGUGAUUCCAGCAAUUCCCAGCUGCGAGGAGAAAUUAAUCAGAUGCUUGACAUAACCGUACAGAAGUUGAAACAAAUAGGUGCAAUGGUUGAGCUUGCAGAUGCAGGUUCUUAUCAGCUGCCAAAUGGAUCAUCAGAGACACUCCCUCAAGUAAUUUUAGCAGAACUGAAGAAAGAUCCAAAUAAACCAACUGUGUGCAUUUAUGGGCACGUUGAUGUACAACCAGCGAGUAUGUCUGAUGGGUGGGCAACAUACCCAUAUAACCUAACAGAACUGAAUGGAAACUUGUAUGGACGUGGAGCUACUGAUAACAAAGGCCCUGUCUUAGCCUGGCUGCAUGCAGUAGAAGCUUAUCAAGCACUGAAUCAGGAGCUUCCUGUUAACAUCAAGUUCAUCAUAGAAGCCAUGGAAGAAGUUGGCUCUCCAGGCCUGGAUCAGGUACUGACAAUGAAACGGGACACGUUUUUUUCUGAUGUUGACUACAUUGUUAUCUCUGACAACAUCUGGCUCAGCAGGAAACCAGCACUCACAUAUGGGACAAGAGGAAACUGCUACUUUCUCGUGGAGGUAGAGUCCUCCAAACGAGAUCUUCAUUCAGGAGUCUUUGGUGGUGCAGUCCAUGAAGCAAUGACAGACCUGAUUGCCCUGCUUGGCAGUCUUGUAGACGCAUCAGGGCGCAUUCUCAUUCCUGGUAUCAAUGAAUGUGUAACGCCGCUCACAGAAGAAGAAAAGGAACUGUACAAGAAUAUUGAAUUUGACAUUGAAGCACACAUCAAAAAUAUCGGUGCUAAAAGGUUUCUGCAAGAUACCAAGGAAAAUGUUCUGCUUCAUCUGUGGAGAUAUCCAUCCCUCUCCAUCCAUGGGAUUGAAGGUGCAUUCUCCUCAUCUGGAACCAAGACUGUUAUACCUGCAAAAGUGAUAGGGAAAUUCUCUAUACGCCAAGUCCCUGACAUGGACCCUUUAGUUGUUGAGAAACAGGUAACAGAAUAUCUUAAUAAGAUAUUUGCAGAGCGGAACAGUCCUAACACCUUGAAAGUCUCAAUGGUUAUUGGUGUCAAACCAUGGGUAGCAGAUCCUAGUGACCCACAGUAUACAGCAGGCAGAAGAGCCGUAAAAAAAGUGUUUAAUGUGGAGCCUGAUAUGAUUCGAGAAGGUUCAACCAUCCCAAUUGCUAAUGCUUUCCAGAAUGCACUGAAGAAGAGGGUGAUGAUGCUACCAAUUGGAGGAUUUGACGAUGGUGAACAUUCUCAAAAUGAGAAGAUCAGCAGGUACAACUACAUUCAAGGAACAAAGUUAUUUGCAACCUAUUUUCAUGAACUUUCCAAACUGUGAUGUGACCAAAGAAAUGCUGGAUUCAAGACCAAAAGUAUUGCAGUCAAACAGUCAAAUAAUAUUGUUUAAUCUUGAUAAUUUUUUCUACUUUCUUAGCAUGAUAAUUUACUAUAUGUGUAAUUGGAAUACAUUAUAGGAACUUGUAUACUUUUGCAUUGUCAUUUCAUUUUGUAUACCUGAGUUUGAUAGUAGAAUGACUAAAUGUUGUUGUCAGACUGAAGAAGAAUUAUAUGAAGCUACAUUUCACUAGAGCCUGUGAAGUUUUCUAUUUUAAAAUAAAUAUGAAGCACUGUGUCACGAAAGUUAA